CCUGAAAGCCGAGCACCGAGCGCAAGUAUAGGAACGAGCGGCUCUGCAGUCGGAAAACUCGCAUCGGAAAACUCGCAUGCACCACAACAAAAUUCGCCGGCUAAUGCGGCGCGCAGUAUGCAAAACAAUGCCGGAACGUGCAGUUCAGCCACUGAAUCUGUAAUAUAAAUAAGAAUAAAAACUAAACCCAAAACUACGAGCCAACCGAAAGCAAAGUAAACAAAAACUUCGUCAGCGCCAAAAACUAAAUUUUGAUAAAAGUGCGCGAAAAACAAACGGAAAGGGAGAAAAGUGACGGAUAAGUGGGGCGGGAAGUAGAUAGCCCCGGGGGUUUUCUGGGUGCCUGCAUCUAAUGCAAAUUAGCAGCCAAAAAGCAAGGAAAAUAAACAAAUAAUUCUACUCCCAGCCGUUGCAGCCACAUUACAAAUAAAUCAGACAGAGAGUGCAAAAUAACAUUAGCGGGAAAUCCGAGAAAUUGCAGAAACGUUUGCCAAAUAUUUUAAGAACCCCAAAAAGUGCGUGGUGUGCCAUUUUAUCGGAAUCGAGUGGAUGAGUGACUAGAUGACACCAUAUAUUCAAGCGGACCGCCAGCAUGCAAAGCCAUAACGAGAGGACGUUAGCAGCGUGGGAGAACUGAUUAAAAUAAUUAAAUUUGAAUAGGUAGCGGAAAAGUGGGAAAGUGGAAAAAUGUUUACGUGGCUGGUGAUGGGCAUCCUGCAGGCUGUUGGCGGGGACCUGACCUCCGAUUCAUUUGUGAACACCACAAAUUGGUAUAAUACCAACGAGAGCCUGUACACCACGGAACUGAACCAUAGAUGGAUUAGUGGUGGCUCCACCGUUCAGCCGGAGGAGCCUGUUUACAGCACCGAACUGCCCACCUAUCAGCAUUGCAUAGCCACCCGGAACUCCUUUGCCGAUUUGUUCACGGUGGUGCUCUAUGGAUUCGUUUGCAUUAUCGGAUUAUUCGGCAACACCCUGGUGAUCUAUGUGGUGCUGCGCUUCUCCAAAAUGCAAACGGUCACGAAUAUAUACAUCCUGAAUUUGGCGGUGGCGGAUGAGUGCUUCCUGAUUGGCAUACCCUUUUUGCUAUAUACGAUGAGAAUCUGCAGCUGGCGCUUUGGGGAGUUCAUGUGCAAGGCCUAUAUGGUCAGCACUUCGAUCACCUCCUUCACCUCGUCGAUCUUCCUGCUCAUCAUGUCCGCGGACCGCUAUAUAGCGGUGUGCCACCCGAUUUCCUCGCCUCGGUAUCGAACCCUGCACAUCGCCAAGAUAGUGUCGGCGAUCGCCUGGUCCACUUCGGCGGUCCUCAUGCUGCCGGUGAUUCUGUAUGCCAGCACUGUGGAACAGGAGGAUGGCAUCAACUACUCUUGCAACAUCAUGUGGCCAGAUGCCUACAAGAAGCACUCGGGCACCACCUUUAUUCUCUACACAUUUUUCCUGGGCUUCGCCACGCCCCUGUGCUUCAUCCUGAGUUUCUACUACUUGGUUAUAAGGAAGCUGCAGUCGGUGGGCCCCAAGCAGGCCACCAAGUCCAAGGAGAAGAGGAGGGCUCAUCGGAAAGUUACUCGACUGGUUCUUACGGUAAUUAGCGUGUACAUUUUCUGUUGGCUUCCACACUGGAUUUCGCAGGUGGCCUUGAUUCACUCGAAUCCCGCCCAGAGGGACCUGUCCCGGCUGGAGAUACUCAUCUUUCUGCUUUUGGGCGCCCUGGUUUACUCAAAUUCGGCAGUGAAUCCCAUACUCUACGCGUUUCUGAGUGAGAACUUCCGGAAAAGCUUCUUCAAGGCCUUCACCUGCAUGAAUAAGCAGGAUAUUAACGCUCAGCUGCAGGUGGAACCCAGUGUUUUCACCAAGCAGGGCAGCAGAAAGAGGGGUGGUUCCAAGCGCCGGCAGUCCACCAAUCCACAGAUGCCUCCCCUGCUGCCAUUAAAUGCUGGCAACAACAAUUCAUCGACCACCACAUCCUCGACCACGACGGCGGAAAAAACCGGAACCACAGGGACGCAGAAAUCCUGUAAUUCCAAUGGCAAAGUGACGGCUCCGCCGGAGAAUUUGAUUAUUUGUUUGAGCGAACAGCAGGAGGCCUUUUGCACCACCGCCAGGAGGGGAUCCGGUGCAGUGCAGCAAACCGAUUUGUAACCCAGUUUUAGCAAGAAUUUACUUUAAAUAAAUACAAGAUGAAAAACAUUUAAAUAUGUUGUAAUACGAAGUAUAAAAAGCAUUUAAAUGAAUUUGUAAUCCCUUUCUACCGCAAACAUUAUAAUGAAAUUGAGACUAAGCAGUAUUAAUGUGUGUCUAAAUAAUUGGAAUAUAUUUAUUAGCAUAAGAAUUGGAAUUGAGGGAAGAUUCUAAUAGAAUCCUUAACCGCACAACGAUAUAUUAGCAAUAUAUAAAAGUUGAGGGGAUUGAAAAGGGAUAUUAAACAAAGGACAACAAAACAAAUAAAAUUAAAGUGGCAGAAAUAUUUAUUUUCAAGGCAAUAUUCCAAGAAAGGGAUUUAAUAAUAGUUCAUAUGAAGGUAAUUACCCGCACAAGUAUUUGUAUAUUUUACUGCCAACAUAACAUCUAUCAUUAGGUAAACUUUCACCAUCGAUCCUAUACUGAAUGUAUAGCAGAUAAUACUUAAGAACUUUGAAUCUAUUCUCGUUUUAGAAACUUAUCUUUAAUAAAUAAAUGGUUGCUUCUGCAGUAUAUUUAAUAAUUAUCCAAAUAAGUAAUUACACUGAUUUAUGCAAUUAAAAGGGAAUAAGACGGGAUUGCGUAAAAUAAGCAGCUUAGCCAGAAGUAAGUCAGUCAGCCAAGAAACUCGUAAAAUGUCAAAUAAAAAACUUUUUACGAUUCCACCCUGCGGACGACGAAACCAGAUGAGUCAAUGCCACUAUAAAAGUCUGCGGGUGUCGGAGG